AGUAGGGUGAAAACCGGAUGCACCUCCCGACCCGGAAGAGUUUUACUGUCGCGUGAAGUUCAGCAGUUAGCAGUUAGCCAGCUCCAGCUACUUUAAUGAAAACUCUCACCUGUUUCUGUCUGCGUUUCUUUUGGCCAAAAUGUCUUCAAAAAGCCGAGACAACGACGAUAACUACGAAGGACAGUCUGUACUGAAGGAGGAAAUGAACAGAAAGAUCAAGGAGCAGAAAGUCGUUGUGGACGAGCUCUCCAACCUGAAGAAGAACAGGAAAGUUUACAUCCAGCAGAGGAACAGCAACAUAUUCUUCCUGGCAGACAGAGGUCAGACUUUGGGUUCAUGCAAAAAGGAACUGGAUAACAUGAAGAAGGAGCUGCAGGAUCUGUAAAGUUGACCUUCAGUGACCUCAGCUAUGUGUGGCAUCUUCUGUCUGCUG